CAAGGCAAAGCUUCUGCUAGCUCGGGAGCAAGAAGAGGCUGCUCCCUGCCCCGGCGCCCACCCGCUCCUACACUCUGGGCGGGCCGAAGUGUCAGGUUUGCAAGUGCUCGGGAAGGAUCCGGCUCGUCUCUGGAGGCGAGCCGGGCUGCAGCAUCUGCUGCGUAUGGGGGCGGGGUGGGGGGCGAUGCUUAGGGGGCAUGCUGCUUACUAGGCAGCACCCCGCCGGGAUCCGACUGCAAUACUUAGCUCGCCCUGUGCCCUGAAGCAACCGCCGGGCCGCCGGUUCUCCUUACAGAUCUGCCAGAGCUCCCCAGGAGUCUCACUGGAACAGAACCAUGGGGCAUCCCCCGCUGGAGUUCAGCGACUGCUACCUGGACAGUCCGGACUUCCGUGAGAGGCUCAAGUGUUAUGAGCAGGAGCUGGAGAGGACCAAUAAAUUCAUCAAAGACGUGAUCAAAGAUGGCAACGCGCUUAUCAGCGCUAUGAGAAAUUACUCCUCUGCUGUUCAGAAAUUUUCCCAGACACUGCAGUCAUUUCAGUUUGAUUUCAUUGGAGACACUCUGACUGACGACGAGAUUAACAUUGCUGAGUCCUUCAAGGAGUUUGCUGAGUUACUCAACGAGGUAGAAAACGAGAGGAUGAUGAUGGUACAUAAUGCUAGUGAUUUGCUGAUCAAACCCCUGGAAAAUUUCCGGAAGGAGCAAAUAGGCUUCACCAAGGAGCGGAAAAAGAAAUUUGAAAAGGAUGGUGAGAGGUUUUAUUCUUUGCUGGAUCGGCACUUACAUCUGUCUUCCAAAAAGAAAGAAUCUCAAUUACAAGAGGCAGACCUUCAGGUGGACAAGGAGAGGCACAAUUUCUUCGAGUCUUCCCUUGAUUAUGUUUAUCAAAUCCAGGAAGUUCAGGAGUCCAAGAAGUUCAAUAUUGUCGAACCUGUCUUGGCCUUUCUUCAUAGCCUCUUCAUUUCUAAUAGCUUGACUGUGGAGCUCACACAGGAUUUUCUUCCAUACAAACAGCAGCUCCAGCUCAGUUUGCAGAAUACAAGGAAUCAUUUCUCCAGUACCCGGGAAGAGAUGGAAGAACUUAAGAAAAGGAUGAAAGAAGCUCCCCAGACAUGCAAACUUCCAGGACAGCCCACCAUUGAAGGCUAUCUCUAUACACAAGAAAAAUGGGCUUUGGGCAUAUCCUGGGUGAAAUAUUAUUGCCAGUAUGAGAAAGAGACCAAAACACUUACCAUGACGCCUAUGGAGCAGAAACCAGGUGCUAAGCAGGGGCCCUUGGAUUUAACCCUGAAAUACUGUGUGAGAAGGAAGACGGAGUCUAUCGACAAGAGGUUCUGUUUUGAUAUAGAAACUAAUGAAAGGCCCGGAACCAUCACUCUGCAGGCCCUUUCAGAAGCUAAUAGAAGACUAUGGAUGGAAGCCAUGGAUGGGAAGGAACCAAUCUACCACAGCCCUAUAACAAAACAAGAAGAAAUGGAGCUGAAUGAAGUGGGGUUCAAGUUUGUUAGGAAGUGUAUCAAUAUUAUUGAGACCAAAGGGAUCAAGACGGAGGGGUUGUACCGCACCGUGGGCAGUAAUAUUCAGGUUCAGAAGCUGCUGAAUGCCUUUUUUGAUCCUAAAUGCCCAGGAGAUGUUGAUUUUCAUAAUAGUGACUGGGACAUUAAGACAAUCACCAGCUCCUUGAAAUUCUACCUCAGGAAUCUUUCUGAACCUGUCAUGACCUAUAGGCUGCACAAAGAGCUGGUCUCUGCUGCCAAGUCUGACAACCUGGAUUACCGGCUGGGAGCUAUUCACUCCCUGGUAUAUAAACUACCAGAAAAGAACCGAGAGAUGCUGGAAAUUCUGAUACGACACUUGGUCAAUGUGUGUGAGCACAGCAAAGAGAAUCUUAUGACCCCCUCCAACAUGGGGGUAAUCUUUGGGCCGACCCUGAUGAGAGCUCAGGAGGACACUGUGGCCGCCAUGAUGAAUAUCAAAUUCCAGAACAUCGUGGUAGAAAUUCUAAUUGAGCACUUUGGCAAGAUCUAUUUAGGUCCACCUGAAGAAAGUGCUGCACCCCCAGUGCCUCCACCUCGGGUGACAGCAAGAAGGCACAAACCAAUCACGAUUUCAAAGCGCUUGCUGCGGGAAAGGACGGUUUUCUAUACUUCUUCCCUGGAUGAAAGUGAAGAUGAAAUGCAACAUCAAACACCCAAUGGUACUAUCCCUGGCAGCAUAGAACCCCUCAAGCCACCGCAACACCCUAAACUACCUAUUCAGAGGAGUGGGGAAGCUGAUCCUGGGAGGAAGUCCCCAAGCAGGCCUGUUUCAGAUGGCAAGUUGGAGCCCUGCCCCGAGGUGGACGUGGGGAAGUUGGUUUCUAGGCUACAGGAUGGAGGGACCAAGGCCACCCCAAAGGCCACCAAUGGACCCAUGCCAGGGUCUGGGCCCACCAAGACGCCCUCUUUCCACAUAAAGAGACCAGCUCCCCGGCCCUUGGCUCACCAUAAGGAUGGGGACGCUGACAGUUUCAGCAAAGUGCGGCCUCCAGGAGAAAAGCCAACCAUCAUCCGUCCCCCAGUGAGGCCCCCAGACCCUCCCUGCCGGGCAGCUACUCCCCAAAAGCCAGAACCAAAGCAAGAUGUUGUGGCUGGCAAUGCAGGGGAAAUCCCAUCAUCUGUGGUGGCUUCUAGGACCAGGUUCUUUGAAACAGCUUCCCGGAAAACAGGAAGUUCUCAAGGCAGACUUCCUGGAGAUGAAAGUUGAGGCCACUGGUUUUAAAAGCCAUGGCCUCUGGGGACCCUUUCCAGGUUCUGAAAGGGUCUUCUUCAAACCCUUGCGUGUGGAAUCAUUUUGUGCUGAAGAACAGCUCCUUCCUGGCCCUGCAUCUUCAGGCUCUGGGGGGCUAUAAAAUAAGGGGCAUAUGUCCUAGACACAUGUUUAUUUCUCCUUUGUAUUCUGUCUUCAUCCCCUCAGAAGGUCUAUCUCGAGUUCCUGUAACACUGUGAAUGGUUGGACUCCCUCAAGCCAAACUCUGCCAAAACCAAGAUAUUCAUUCACCUGAGUUGAAGAGGGGAGCCCAGUUUUCAGCUCUUCUCAGAACUUCCUGCUUCCUCAAAAGGCCAUAGAACUCUGUAAGAUUUUGGGCUAAAGACCAAUCUCAGGGGUCUGUCCCUGAACUAAAGGCUACUUGUUUUGGAGCCAUUGUUUAUCUUGGUUGGAGGGGAGUAGGAAUGAUUGCCAAACAUUGGAGAAUCUUAACAUGUCUCUUACUGAAGAUAUGGACACUGGUGCCAGGUCAGCAUUCUGGCACUGCCGUAUGUUUCCAAGAGCCUGUCUGUUCUUGUGGGGCCAGACAGCAUGGGUGAUGCCCUUUAAAACCCCUCCAUGUGCACUUAGGAAGGUGGCCUUACCCGCUCUUGCAUAUACAGCCUCUUACGACAAAUCUGCUAAGCAUGUUUUGCAUGUCAAAGCCUAGGUCUUUUUGGAUUGUUUUUUCUUUUGUUUUCUCCUGACAGCUUCCUUUCCAAGCAAUCAAGAAAAAAGAAACAAAAAACAGAAGAACAAAAACUGAAAAAACAUUUCUUUUUAAAAAGGCAGACUGUGUUUGUCAUGUAGGAGUUCCAUUUUUGGGUUAAAUGCUAGAAAAAAUGUUAAGAUGGAUUGAGGCCAGGCAUCUGUCACUGUUGCUUCAUGUUUACCUUCUGCAGAUAAGCUCUUUUAUCUCCUGAAAGAAGCAGUUCUUAACCCAUUGUCUAUGGAUUCAGGAACUCCAUGAUGUCCCUGAGGUGGUAUGUGGAAAUCCACAACAACAUGCCUUUUCUGAAGAGAUGUUCCAUCACAUUGUACUGAAUUUCAAAUGGGCUUGUGACACAAUAUAGGUUAAGAACCACAGCCCUUGAGAUAAAAGAGUCAUUUUACAACCUGUGAAGUAUUUGAUUGGAAGGGCUUUUCAAAAUCAUUUACUCUAACUACCUAGUUUACAGUUGGGGAAACCAAGGCAGAGCAAGUUAGUGACCACACUAGGACAAGAUCCCAGGUCCCUGGGCUCCUAUGCAAGAUUUUUUCCAUUACACCAAACUUACCUAGCAAGUAUCCUUAAGGUCGGUGGCUUUAGUGCCUAUCAUUUUGGGGGUUUGGCUUUUACCCUUUCUUGAGCCCCCAUAUUUGUGACCAAGUAGAAAACUUCAAGACAUAAAUCCCUGGUCCCCUUCAUUCAUCAUAUCAGUCAUUAGAAAGGAACUAAAACAAAAUUGAUGUAGUAGGUCAAAAGCCUGAGGAACAAACAUUUCUCAUUCUCGUUUGUUAAAGGGAACUUGAUAGAAUAUCAGUGCUUAUGUUUCUAUGCAGAUGACCGGGCCAUUGCUUGCCUUUAGGGUCUGUUUAAUUAUUAAUAUAAUGUGGCACAGUGUGAGAGAAAAGGCUUUCUUACCUCUACUCUUCUAGCAAGUCCCUGCUAGUGCACUGAUUGUAGUACUGAGAGAGAAACACAGAUAUCGAUAUACAAAGUGAGCGAGCGUGCAUACAUACACACAUGCCCAAGUCAACUCCUGAGGUGCAUACUGGAAGGCAGUAGUCACUUUCAAGAGUGAACUCCAAACAUGGUUUAUUGAUGAAAAUGUAGGCCAAAUAGAGAGCCUUUUUGAAAAUUGAGUGGAAACUUGAUGCUUUUCUAAACCAAGGAAUGUCCAAGUGGCCUCUCCACUCUGCCCAGACUGGAAGACCAAUUUACUAAGAAAACAGGAGACAGAGAGCCAAGUGCCCAUCAUUUCACCUGCUGGUCAUCCCCAAAAGGGAGUCUCUGUGAGGCCUAUACUGUCCUCACCUAGGAAGUGCUUGUUGAGCCCUGGGCUCAGAGCUGUGGCCUCCCUGCCCUGUCCCGUUGUAUGACUGACGAAAGCAGGCAGAUGUGCAGAUUCUGGCUAUAGAAGUAAUAGCUAACAGGGCCUCAGUACCUUUGAAAGAUGGUAGAGACAUGGUUUGACUCUGGUUUUCUUGGGGGAAAAUACCACAAUCACCAAUACAAACACUGGAAGAUUACUGAGAGUCAAAAAAAAGCUGCUUGGACCCCAGUGGGAGAGAUGUCCCAGAAACAUGGCCAUGAGAUCCUUGUUUGUUUGUUGCCUGGGACACAGAUCAAGAUCCUAGCCUGGAGAGUAGGAACUACCAAUCUGGCUGGAAGCCAGGGACCAGUGACUAGGUAGCUCUGCCCCUGCCCUGGGCUAUACCUAAAGAAUGCCAAAGAAUGAACCUCAGCGCCUUCCUUUGGCACUCUGACUGAAAGAGCAAAAGGUUUUGUGGUGAGGCACACUGUCAUGGAAUGAGACUGGCUUGGACCAGGACUGAUGAAUGGGUAGUCAUUUAGAAGAGGCUAUGGGGAGAGAGUGAUAAUGGAAGAGUGGCACCUUCAGAAAAUGAUCAGCAAACCUUGGCCAGAAAGUUAAGAGAAACUGGCAAUGGAUGAACGGAAAGUCUUGAACUGGCAGUGAUAACUAAGGAAGCUAACAUUUAUUAAGCACAUACUAAGUGCUAGGUACUUCAUAUACAUUAUCUCAUUUUGCCCUUACAACAAUUAUACAAACAUUAUUCUCAUUUUACAGAGAAAGGAAUUAUGGCCUGGGGGCUAAAGGGACCAGUUCCAGGGCACAUAGAAAGUAGAUAACAGAAUGGUGAUUUGAAUUCAGGCCCCUUUGACUCUAUACCCCAUGCCUUUUGCCCCUUGCCACACUUGAGUAGGUGUUUGAAUAGAGAGGCACAUCACUAGAGCAGGCAUGACUCUUGACUCUUGCCUGCCUAACAAAAUAUUAAAAGGCAAGCAUUUGAUGGGGGAGGGUAUGCAGGCCCACUUUUAUAGGGGAAUGAAAACUAGAUACUCAGGAAGAUACUCCUGAGCUGGGUGGGCAUGUCUCUUCACAUUCAGCUUACCCAUUUGGUAAUGUUUUUAAAAGGAUCACCUAGUUUUACCGUGUGAAGUGAAGGAUUUGUUUUUUAGUUGCUAGCUGUUAAAGCCCUGGCUUAGCCAUUUCUCAAAGGGAAAAAAAAGGUCCUCAUAUGUGUCUCUGUAUUUUUCCAAGGUUGUACCAUGUGCAGUUUGAGCCGAAGAGACUAGCGGCACACACACAUGCAGUUUGAGAAGUGGGAAAGGUCUCAGUGCCUCUGCAGUACUUGAUGCCUUGGGCUCAAAUCCCUACAAAGUUUUUCUGUGGUUAUAGUAAAAGUCUAAGAGAUGGUUUACAAAAAGAAGUAUUACUGAAUUCUUAUUUUUCAAGUUUUUGUUUAAAAUAAUGGUUGGGGGUGUCUAGCCACUGAGGAGCAAAAAUCAGCAUACAAUUUCAAUAGUAAAAUAGUGUCAUGCAGAGUAUUUCUAAAAUAAUCGGCUAUUGUGGGAAAGUAUUAUUCUCUUUACAAGAAGUUCUUUGAUUCUGUAAUAACUAGGACAAAUAAAGUAGUAAAGGAAGAAAGUAGUUCUGUGACUAGGAAAAAAACCGCUUUCAAGAGAAUGUAGAUCAAUUAUAUACUACUUUUAAAGUAGCUGCAGAUAAGUGGCCUUGACACAUUAGAAACCCAGAAAAAGCUUCAGAAAUAAUAAAUUGCAGAGAGAAGCAAGCUACCUUAAAGAUAUGUUUUUGUUGAAGAAGAACCCUCAUUUUCAUGGGGGAAUGCAACACUUAAUGCCAAGGACAUUAAUAGAGGGCUGGAAAGAUGGCUUGUGUGAAAUACAUGUGUGACAACCAAUAAAAGAAUGAAAUCCUGGGGCCCAUUCAUGUGACUUUCAAUAAAGUAUGCAGACUAUCUAGUUA